GUUACUCCAGCCGGUUAUCCACCGUCGCUAUCGGAACUUCACGAGAUGAUAACGACGAUUGGGGACUAAGCCAGAGCUCGAACAAGGCGGUCGGGGAAGGCAGACCAGUAGAAGCGGAGGAGGAACAUCUUGGCGAAGGACAGAGGGCUCCGGCGACGGCACGCUCGCUCACGCGCCGGCCGUCCGCCGGACCCAGGUUAGAUCUACUUUCUCUCUCUUUUCUCUCUCUCUGUUGAACUUGAUCCCCCCGUGUUCAAUCUCUCUCUGAAAAAAAAAAAAAAAAAAAAAAAAAAAAAAAAAAAAAAGCUUGAUUUUUUUCUUUUUCUCAGUUUAUAUAGAUCUAAAUUAGAUUACGAAAUAAAAAAAUCAAAGCAAAAAACUUUGAGUUCUUGCGGUGGAUUUGACUUUUCUUCUCAUUCUUAUAUUUUUUGCCUUCACGGUAGUUUACAAAAAUAGAAACCAUGUAAAUUAUGUUAAUCAAAGUCUCAAUAAUUAUUCCAAAAAAUAAUCAAUUUAAUUAGCAACCGACAAGCAUGGUUAGCUGGAGUUUACAGAUGCUGAUAUCUGGGAAAAUGGUGCCACAAGAUUAGUGAAUUAUCGAAGUUUAUCAUCACCACAUAUGAGUUGAGUAAUCUACAAGGACAGACAAAACUUUCACUAUCAGAAGAAGAUCCAAAUAAAUUAUAAUCAAAAUGUAGAUUAAGUGAGUCCACUUGUGAUAAGUAAGACUUUCUUCUUAUUGAUUUCCUCACUAAAAAGUACAGAAGAAAUGUCUAGAUAAAGAAAUCUUACAGCAAACAAGUCACAUAGAUCGAGAAAAAUCAAACUAAUAAAAGAUUCACAAAGAUGAUGAUAACUUAAAUAAAUAUAUUAAGAGCCUCUGAAAUCUCACCAACUCCUUCUCUGUCUCUUCCACCUCAUUUAUUUAAAUCUCUGUUUUUCUUCUCUACCACUCUCUGGUCUUUCACUUACACACGCAUGUACGUAUAUAAACACACAAACAAACUCUCAAGCUUCUUGAUUUGAUUCAUAAUAAAAAAAAUUACUUGAUUCUUGAUUUUUUUUCUAUCAACAUUGCCCUCACAUCCCAAAGGGUUGGUUUUAUAUAUCUUUCCAAAAAUAAAUUUAUAAUCAAAUGGAUCUAACGGACCGUCGCAACCCUUUCAACAACCUGGCGUAUCCGCCGCCGCCACCGCCACGGCCCUCAACUACCUUCACAAGCCAUAUUUUCCCACGAGGAAGCUCUUCCGGCACGACAUUCCCCAUCCUCGCCGUCGCAGUGAUCGGAAUCUUAGCCACUGCGUUACUUCUUGUAAGUUAUUACAUCUUUGUCAUAAAAUGCUGUCUUAACUGGCACCAAAUCGACAUCUUCCGCCGCCGCAGACGAAGCAGUGAUCAGAACCCUCUAAUGAUAUACACUCCUCACGAGCUAAACCGAGGUCUAGACGAAUCCGCCAUCAGAGCUAUCCCAAUCUUCAAGUUCAAGAAGAGAGACGUUGCUCCAGGAGGUGAAGAUCAUAACAAGAGCUCACAAGAAUGCUCUGUUUGCUUAAACGAGUUUCAAGAAGACGAGAAGCUGAGGAUUAUUCCAAACUGUUGCCACGUGUUCCACAUUGAUUGUAUCGAUAUUUGGCUUCAGAGCAACGCGAACUGUCCAUUGUGUAGAACCAGCGUUUCUUGGGACGCAAGUUUCUCUCUUGACCUAAUCUCUGCCCCAGAGGAUAAUCCUUCUCCUCCUCGUAGUAACAGGAGUCUUGAACCCGGUGAGGUUGUAAGAGGCGACGAUGACUUCCUAGUGAUCGAGCUUGGGGCAAGUAAUGGUGAUAACAGACAAAGCGUGAGAAACAGAGACUUUCUUGCGGAAGAAGAAAGAGCUACCUCGGACGAGGUGUUGAUCAGUCCUUCCCCUAGAAGGUUCGAUCAUCGUGCAAUGCAUAAUAAAGAGAGAAUAUUUCGUAAGGUGAUUAGUAAAGGAGACGAGUGCAUCAAUACUCGUGGCAAUGAUAAUCAGUUCGGUGAGAUUCAGCCCAUAAGAAGAUCGAUCUCGAUGGAUUCUUCAGUGGAUCGCCAGCUGUAUCUGGAGCUUCAAGAGGUGAUUGGUCGGAAUACUGAGAAGUUUCCAAUGGUGGUCGGAGAUGUUGGAGGUUGUAGCGGUAGUGGUGGUGGUGGUAAUAACAGAGUGAUGAAGAGAUGUUUCUUCUCUUUUGGAAGUAGUAGAGGUUCUAGAAGUUCCUCAAUACUGCCUGUUUAGUUGAAACCCAUAAUGUCGCUCUUUUCUUUUUUUUUUUUUUAAUCUCGUUAUGUGAAUUUUUUAAUUAAUUUUUAUAUUUAGAGGUGGAUUUAUUCAAAUUAUUUUGGAGGGUGAGGUAGGAGAGAAAUCAGUGUGUGCAUUGUUUAUAUAAGUCAAAGGAGUUAAUGAGUUUGAAUAGUA